AUGCUGACUGAUUACAGGAUGUGAAGUUAUGCAAUACUUUCACUUCCUCAUUGCACUCUUCGAGACAAAGAGCAGGAAACAGCCUCAGAUGAGCGUAUAACGGGACUAACGAUGGUUAGUCUGAAGCAGCUGCCUUGUUCUUUGGAGUUUUUUUCUUUACAUCUCAAGUCAGUUUUUAGUCGGAUUUAACCGGGAAACAGCAUCAAAGAGAGGUUACUUCUCCACUUGGAGGAGCUGGGUGAAAGUAUGCAGGAUGGAAAACGACUUAAGCCGGCCUGCAGGUCUGUCAACAUCACAGCAGGCUCAAACUCAGAGAGAAGCAGGACACCAAACAAUCAGCGCCAAGUCUGGAGCUGUCGCUGUCGCACCUCAGUUAACAGAUGUUAAAGCAGAGAAUAUAAACAUCACUGUCAACAACACAUAUGGCCAGUCUCCCAGCACGACAGCCAACACUGAAGCCGUUUCUGACCAAACUGAAGCAAAAAUCCGAAGGUGCCGAGAUGCACUGAAAAGUUUCCUUGAAAAUCAAACGAAGGAUCUAUCUCAGGGAACAAAGGACGAAGGAUGUUCGACCCCUUUAAACAAGAUCUAUACAGAGCUUUACAUCACAGGAGGAGGCAGUGGGGAGGUUCAUAGUGAACAUGAAGUGAUCAAGUUAGAAUGCAAAAGGAGUCCGAGUGAGGAGAAGAACAUCCAGCUCAGUGACAUUUUUAAACCUUUAGCAGAAGAAGAAAGCCCUCCUCAGAGAGUUCUGACGAAGGGAAUCGCUGGCAUUGGGAAGUCGGUAGCUGUGCAGAAAUUCAUUCAGGACUGGGCGACCGGAGAAGCCAACCAAACUACUGACUUUGUCUUUCCAUUCACAUUCAGAGACUUGAAUUUAAUAAAAGAGGACUGUUCUCUUGUGUCGUUAGUUAGUUCCCAUUUCGAAGAAGUGGAGGAUUUGGAACCAUCAGACUACAACAGUUCAAGUGUUUUGUUCAUCUUUGAUGGCCUUGAUGAAAGCCAGUUACCUCUGGAUUUCAAGAAAAUUAGGAAGUGCAGAGAUAUUACAAAGCUCACAACAUUAGACGUCCUGCUUACAAACUUAAUCUCAGGGAACCUGCUGCACAAAGCCUCGAUCUGGAUCACAAGUAGACCAGCUGCAGCCACUAAGAUUCCUCCUGUGGUCUUCAACAGAGUGACCGAGGUACGAGGCUUCGACGAUGACCAGAAGAAGGAGUACUUUCAGAAGAAAGUUACUGACAAAAACAUGUCUCAGAAGAUACUCAAUCAUCUUCAGUCAAAGCCACUGAGAAGUCUCUACAUCAUGUGCCACAUCCCAGUCUUCUGUUGGAUUUCAGCCUCGACUCUCCAGAGUCUCUUAACAGAAACUCACAAAGGUGAGUUGCCAAACACUGUGACUGAAAUGUACACACACUUCCUGAUCAUCCAGACGGAGCUGAAACACCAGAAGGAUUAUGAGGAAGGUGAAUCAGACAAAGAUUUCAUCAUGAAAUUGGGACAGCUGGCAUUUGAACAGCUACAGAAGGGCAACAUCAUCUUCAAGAAAGAAGACGUAGAAAAGUGUGAGAUUGACUCGAAACAAGCUACAGUUUUUUCAGGAGUUUGUACAGAGAUCCUCAGAAAAGAGUCUGGACUUCACAAACAAGAGAUUUACUCUUUCAUACAUUUAACUGUUCAUGAGUUUCUUGCAGCUCUGUAUGUCUUACAGACCUUCAUCGAUAGGGGAGAAAAUCUGCUCACCAACUCGACAAAGAAAACACAGUUUCCUCUUUUCCUCCGAAAGACCUUCAGAUUCAUCAUAAAUCUGCUCACCAACUGGACAAUGGAAGCACAGUUUCCUCUCUUCCCCCUACAGAAGAGCGCAGUGGAUCUGGCUUUGGACAACGAUCUGGGACAAUGGGACUUGUUCCUGCGCUUCCUGCUCGGCCUGUCACAGGAUAAAAGUCAGAAGCUUCUUCAGGAAGAAUUGGAAUUCAAAGGAAUUCUUCAACAGAGCAACAAGAAGACAAUUGACUACAUUCACGAGAAGAUCAAGAAUCUGUCCAACCACGACAAGAGCAUCAAUCUGUUCCAUUGUUUGAAUGAGUUGGGUGACCGGUCUCUGGUCAAGCAAGUCCAACAGUAUCUGAGCUCAGGAGAUGCUAGUAAGCUGUUACCUGAACACUGGUCAGCUCUGGCCUUCCAGCUGCUCGUUUCCAAUGAUGACCUAGAUGUCUUUGACCUGAAGAAAUACCACAGAUCAGAUGAAGCUCUGGAGAGGCUGCUGCCAGUGCUCAAAGCAUCAAAGACAGCUUUGUUGAGUGACUGUUACCUCACAGACAGAUGUUGCAGAAAUAUUUCAUCAGUUCUCAGCUUGAAGUCUUCUGGUCUGGAGGAGUUAGACCUGAGCAGAAACAAACUGCAGGACUCUGGACUGAAGCAGCUCUCUGAAGGUCUAAAAAGUCCCGACUGCAAACUCCAAACACUCAGACUGGUUGACUGUGAGUUUACAGAGAGAGGCUUUGCUGCUCUGACUUCCAGUCUGAAGUCAAACCCCGCCCACCUGAGAGUCCUGGAUCUGUCAGAUAAUUACCUCACAGACAGUGGUGUCAGAGACCUUUGUGAGUUCUUGGCAGAUCCACGUUGUCGACUGCAGACACUGAACCUGAAGUCCUGCUGGUUACCAGCAGAGAGCUGCCGGUCUUUGACCUCUGACCUCAGAGCCUCCUCUGCUCUCAAAGAGCUCGACCUGAGCCGGAACUACCUGGAGGACCAGGGGGUGGAGCUGCUUUCUGAUUGGCUGAAGAAACCCCAGUGUACACUGGAGAUACUGAGACUUGCUGGCUGUGAGUUUACAGAGAGAGGCUUUGCUGCUCUGACUUCCAGUCUGAAGUCAAACCCCGCCCACCUGAGAGUCCUGGAUCUGUCAAGAAAUAACUUCACAGACAGUGAUGUCAGAGACCUUUGUGAGUUCUUGGCAGAUCCACGUUGUCGACUGCAGACACUGAAACUUGCUGACUGUAAGUUUACAAAGAGAGGCUUUGCUGCUCUGACUUCCAGUCUGAAGUCAAACCCCGCCCACCUGAGAGUCCUGGAUCUGUCAGAUAAUGACCUCAAAGGAAGUGAUGUCAGAGACCUUUGUGAGUUCUUGGCAAAUCCACGUUGUCGACUGCAGACACUGAACCUGAAGUCCUGCAGGUUACCAGCAGAGAGCUGGCGGUCUUUGACCUCUGACCUCAGAGCCUCCUCUGCUCUCAAAGAGCUCCACCUGAGCCAGAACCACCUGGAGGACCAGGGGGUGAAGCUGCUUUCUGAUUGGCUGAAGAAACUCCAGUGUACACUGGAGAUACUGAGACUGGCUGGCUGUGAGUUAACAAAGAGAGGCUUUGCUGCUCUGACUUCCAGUCUGAAGUCAAACCCCGGCCACCUGAGAGUCCUGGAUCUGUCACAUAAUUACCUCACAGCCAGUGAUGUCAGAGACCUUUGUGAGUUCUUGGCAGAUCCACGUUGUCGACUGCAGACACUGAACCUGAAGUCCUGCGGGUUACCAGCAGAGAGCUGCUGGUCUUUGACCUCUGACCUCAGAGCCUCCUCUGCUCUCAAAGAGCUCGACCUGAGCGGGAACCGCCUGGAGGACGAGGAGGUGGAGCUGCUUUCUGAUUGGCUGAAGAAACCCCAGUGUACACUGGAGAUACUGAGGUUGUCGUACUGCACAGAGAGACACUGUGAGUAUCUGGCCUCGGCUCUGAGGUCGGACACUUCACAUCUCAGAGAGCUGCAGCUGACCUACAGUCAUCCAGGAGGAUCAGGUCUGAAGCUGCUGACAGACAUAAAGGAGGACAAACGUUACAGACUGCAGACACUGAGCGUGUCAGAGAGGCUUAUCCUACUUUAGUCUGAAACAAAUCAACUGAACUACAAAGUGUGUGUCACAGUGACCUCAGAUGCAUCCUGAUUCUUCUCUCCUUAAAGAAUCAGUGCUCAUCAGGAGGGGAGGUUCUAGUGAGGCGAUAAGGUUAUUAAAUAUGAAAUAAUUAUUGUUUAUGACUACCUACAUUGACAGACACAUUUCAGAUGACAGGACAAUCAGCACCGGUUCCCCUCAAGGCUGCGUCCUUUCUCCUCUGCUCUACUUCCUGUUCAGGACUGUCCUCCCUUUAGAAGCGAGGUUGUUUCUACAAGCUCUCGCGCGCCCUCUCGCUGCCAUAGUAAUUAUGAAUGAAUGAAGUGGUUUUAGGCUGGUAGAUAUCCUGCUAGCAUAGCCAGUUCACUAUAACGGUGCGCUAUCUUUCUAGACGAGGAAUGUGCCAGUUGUCCACGGCAGAUGACAUCACCUAUUUACUCUCCUUUUGUCAUAAAUGCAGGCAUGUAUGACAUUAUGUUUAAUAUGUUCUUCUAUAUGAAUUAAGUUUUUGUUCCAUGUUUGGAAGAACAGUCCACUGGAAAAUUAUUUUUUAUUUUACUAUAUAUUUUUUCGUAUUAUAAGAGGCAAAUUUCAGUUUAAAUAACUCUUUUUUUCUAAAAGCCAAUAUAUGAUCAAUGUAUUACUUUAUAGAUGCACUGUAUUUUUGUGUCAAAGAAAUAAAGAGACAGAGGAUUAUCAAUAAGACCGGGAAUACACCAGUUGUCCACGGCAGAUGACUUUACCUAUUUACUCUCCUUUUGUCAUAAAUACAUAUACCAACAAAUCCUGCUAUUACCAAGAGCUGAGCAGUGUAAAGUUGUAAAGAGUUCUCAUUUAACACAAGACACAACACAGAGGUCACAUAUGGAAAGUCAGAGGGGCAUACUAUAUUGUGUGUUUGAAACAUUUGACAAUCAUAAUUGUUUAAGUUAAAUGGAAAAUUAGUUUUUAGUACAAAACAUUUGAUAAAUAUAACCAUUUAAUGUAUUUGUUUAUUAUAUAUUUUAUUUUUCCCAUGCCUCUCCUGACAUAUCACUGCCUCUUUCCACUGUUGCUCCUCCUCUUACUGCAGCUCUGCUGUUUGGUUUCCUCCCUCUGAUUUAAACAGUUAUUGUGAAAUAGCAGAGUGCUCUAUGGAGCGAAGGAGGUGCUAAACCUAACAGGUAGGAGGAGGAAAGUUUUAGAAAAGGUGCAGCUUACCUUUUAUCGUUUGUGUUUAAAGUCUCAGAUGCCUCAGGUUUACAUCAACCAGAUGAGAGUUUACUUUAUUGGACACAAUAACAGAGACUUCACAGGUAUGGCAUGAAAAUUAGAGCAUCAAGUAAUAAAACAUGUGUCUAUACAAAUUAACUUAAUUCCUUUUCAGAAAUAUAGAAUAUGUAACUCUGGUUAGCUAAAAUAUCAUGAUAACAAAGAAAAAACUGUUAAUACCGGUUUUCUGUCAUGUUGUAUGGGGCUGCAACAAUUAUUUUCAUUAUUAAACCAAUCUUUCCAUCAUUUUCAUGACUAAUCAAUUAACCACCUUGACAAUAAAAUGUAAGGAA